UGGGACAGCAAAGAUGUCCGCGCUCAUUUGAAAACUUGCUUUGACCAAAUCCACUGUUUUGGGCACCUUAUACGAUUCGUUUUAAUGUUGGCACCCGUGACGACGUUGUGCUCAAGCAAGACCCACGCAAAGGAAAGAAACGGAGAACGCGACAAGAGCCAGACUUUUCCUUAUUAUCAGAAAUAAUGCUGAUAUCUGGAACUCAUGUCGGAAGUCGUGUAUGAAGAGACAGCCACGAUGAUUGCCGCAGGGGAAUUGCAGUCGUUUGUCCCGUUUGGCCGUGAGCACUGCAGGAACCAUCCAAAUGCCUUUAACCUGCAGCUCAGAGAGCUUCAGCCCGCCUCCGAGCUCUGGUCGUCAGACGGUGCUGCCGGCCUGGUUGGAUCCCUGCAGGAAGUUAGUCUGCAAGAAAGAGAGAGGGAAUCCUGGCAGCUUAGGAAGGGCUGCAUCAGAGUCAGAGAGGAGGAUGUGGAGUUUGAAGAGGAGCUCUAUGCAGCAGGUACUGUGGUAAUCUGGAGCCAGGGCAGUCGGACUCAGGCCUCCAACGUUUACAAAGCUUUCACCGUCGACAGCCCAGUGCAGCAGGCCUUAUGGUGUAACUUUGCUGUUCCUCAGAACAAUAAAAAUGAGGAGGAAGUGGAGCAGACCGUGUGUAUCGUCCAGAGUAGCUGUGUGAACGUUCACACUGUGACUGGGAAGGAUUUCAUCUCGCCACUGCCCUUCCAGGUCUCAAAUGUCUGGUCGACAAAGUUUGGACUUUUGUUGGAGCGAAAAAACCCAGCAACUGACGCACAAAUCAGCCCUCCUGGGGAACCUCUGCCUACAGUGUUCAGCAUGCUGCAUCCUCUAGAUGAGAUCGCACCUGUAGUGUGUAAACCAACAAGUCUGUUUGAAGGCUCCCGUGUUCAGUAUGCAUCUGAUGCAAACAUGAAGAUUGUGUUUAGCUGCUGUCAGCCCUCUCUGGUUAUCUCGUAUGACACUGUACAGGGCAUACACUCUGUCUGGGCCCUGCGCAAGGUCACACAUGAUGAGCGUUCUACAGUCCUGCAGUGUUCCUCUGAGCCUGCCGGCACACCGUUGGGUCUGAUGGCAUCAGGGGUCCUGACCUCUCACCUCCGUAACAUCUCACGUCUGGACUCACCAGGUGGGAGCUGUUCAACAACUGGGACAAGUUGUGCUGCUGGUACCGGCUCGCCCCUUCACUUCAGCACUCGACACGGCCACCCGAACAGGAUCAUGACCUCUUCACCAGGAUUACACUCCCGUGUUCAUUCCCCGAGUAUUUCCAACAUGGCUGCCCUUAGCCGCGCUCACUCUCCAGGCAUGGCGGCCCCUUCCUUUUCAGGCGCAGCUCGCUUCAACUCAUCUUUUCACAGCCCGUCCCCGAGGAGCCACCAUGGCUUGUUACCUUCUCCCAACAGCACGAUCAAUGAGACAACACUGGUCCCAGAGAUGGAGCCCAUCGUACCCGACCUCUGCAUGGAGCAGCUGUGGAGUGAGACCAUCACAGCUGGCUGUCACAGGGAGAUGAGCAGCCAGGCGUCUAAAGUAUUCCUGACGUCGGACCUGUGUGAGAACCGUUAUCUCUGUUUUCUGGUGGAGUCUCACCAACAGCUCAGAAUUGUAAAGUUCAUGGAGAGCAACGACACAUCUCAGCUCAUCUUCGCGUCGGUCACGACCAUCCCAGCCAAAGACGCUGAGCCUCUGCCGAGUAUUGAUGCCAUGCUGGUUCUGGAGGCCUGUGGCAGUCUGGUUCUCUACACGGGAAUCACCAGGGUCAGUAAGGUUUUUGUCCCCGGCCUCCUGUCACCCACCUUCAGCCUCACCAACCACAUUCCUCAUGUCAGCACGCCGAUUGAGAAUGUCAGCACACCGACUAAUGCUGGCAGACACCUACAGAGAAUGGACGAGGCUGUUAUGCCUUCACCAGUGUCAGGGCUGAGGGGGCUAAACAUAAAACACCAUGAAGCUUCUUUUUUGGAAGAUUACACCUCUCAACAAACCACGCCCUACAUCCAUGCCCUGAGGGACCCCGUUUGCAACCGGGUCACAUUGGAACUAAGCAGUGGCCUGAUGCUGAGGAUCUCUAUCCCAGAGAUUGCUACCUCUGAGCUUGUGAGAAAAUGUCUUCAGGCAAUUCGUUUCAUCCUGCCCAAGGAUGCUGCCAUGAAGGUUUUGGUGAAGUGGUACAACAUCUACAACGCCCCCGGUGGCCCCAGUGCACAUGCUGAGUGGAACCUGUUUGUCACAUGUUUCAUGACGCUGAUGGGCUACAAUACGGAGCGCCUCACCUGGACACAAAAUCUGCAUUUUGAAGUGCCUCUCUCUCCAGUGAUUGCAGCCAAGAAGGCUCGCCCCUCUGACGGAGGCUCUGAUGAGGAUUGGGACUAUUUGUUGGGUUCUCAUUACCACCGUCAGAUGAAUUCCCAGACUGUCUGUGGACCAGCAGACUCCAGUGGCUCCAACAUUUCUCGAAGCCCAGAGACAGAGGGCAUGUCCUCAGCGUCCUCUCCCUCCAGUCCCUCUCAGAGGCUGGACAGCUCGGCUCCUCUCUUCCCUCACAUUCCUGCUCUUUUCUACGUCCUCCAUCUGCUUUAUCAGGAGCUUCAGUUAGACGAGCUGCAGAGAGCAAGAGCCUCCUCACUGGUCUGUCUGCUGCAACAACUGGCCAGAGACCUCCAGUUGGAAGAGUAUGUCGAUCUAUACUGGAGAGAUUACACUUCAUUGAUAAGUGGCUUCAAUGAGAGCUGCCUCAUAGACCAGGGCCUUUUUGCUCAGAUGCAGCGUCCGUCCUUCCUCAGGGCAGAGCCUCCCUGUGUGCUCAGCUGGCUCAGUAGCUGUCUGAGAGGACAGGAGAUCCCACCUUUCCCCUACCUGCCUGGCAUCUGUCAGAGGACCAGACUACUGGUUCUGAGUUAUGCUCUCUAUAUCCUCAGAGAUGAAAAUGCUACUUCAACAGAUGUCUCAAAGUACCUGACCAAGCUCUCCGCAGGCCAGAAGUCGUGCACCAGUGAACCGCACUACAGAAGACAGAGCAGUGUGAAGAUGAAGUUGCCUGGUGAGAAUCUAGCUGAGCAGCUGGUCGUCUGGCUCACCUCAGAAGGUUUCACUCUGAAGGACCUGGAGUCUGUCCCCUUUGGCGUGGCUUUGCCCAUCAGAGAGGCCAUCUACCGCUGCAGGGAGCAGCCAUGCUCUGAUUGGUCCGAGGAAGUCUGUUUGCUGAUUGGGCGACAGGAUCUGACCAAACAAGCUCACAAGAUGACUCUGGCCAAGAGCAAAUCUUCUGUAGGUUCAGGUCUGUCUUUGGAGCCUCCUCCGACCACAGAAGCAGAUGAGGAGGAAGAUGGGAUGUCGGACAUUAUCCAAGAGGUCACAGGACUAAUCUGGAGUCAGGAUCUGAGGAUCCAAGAGGUCAGGAGGCUCCUGCAGAGCUCCAGGCCGGUCCGGGUCAGUGUUGUCCAGCUACCUGAAGUUUCUGAUCACGAGUACAUCGAGGAGAAAGAAAACAAACUCCUGCAGUUGUGUCAGAGGACCAUGGCUCUCUCUGUUGGCCGAGGCCUCUUCACUCUUUUCUCCUAUCAACCCGUACCGACUGAACCUUUACCUGUCCCAAAACUCAACCUCACAGGCCGCGCCCCUCCUAGAAACACGAUGGUUGACCUAAACAGUGGAAACAUCGACGUUCCUCCCAACAUGACCAGCUGGCCCAGCUUUCAUAAUGGAGUAGCUGCUGGACUCAAAAUAGCUCCUGCUUCACAGGUGGACUCAGCGUGGAUAGCCUACAACAAGCCAAAGAACCCAGAGUUGGCCAAUGAGUAUGCAGGCUUCCUUAUGGCCCUUGGCCUCAACGGACACCUCACCAAGCUGGCCACACUCAACAUCCAUGACUACCUCACUAAGGGCCACGAGAUGACAAGCAUUGGGCUCCUUCUGGGUGUGUCUUCAGCCAAACUGGGCACCAUGGACAUGUCAAUUACCCGCCUGCUGAGUAUUCACAUCCCUGCCCUCCUGCCACCCACCUCCACUGAGCUGGAUGUGCCCCACAAUGUUCAGGUUGCUGCUGUGAUUGGCAUUGGACUGGUGUACCAGGGAACAGGGCACAGACACAAUGCUGAGGUCUUGCUGUCUGAGAUAGGUCGACCACCCGGACCAGAGAUGGAGUACUGUACAGACAGAGAGUCAUAUUCACUGGCUGCUGGUCUCGCCCUGGGCAUGGUCUGUCUUGGGCAUGGCAGUAACCUGAUUGGGAUGACGGACCUGAAUGUCCCUGAGCAGUUGUAUCAGUAUAUGGUGGGGGGGCACCGCAGAGCUCAGGCCGGGGCUAACAGGGAGAGACACAAGUCCCCCAGCUACCAAAUCAAGGAGGGUGACACUAUAAAUGUAGACGUGACGUGCCCAGGAGCCACGCUGGCCCUCGCCAUGAUCUACCUCAAGACCAACAACAGGUCGAUUGCUGAUUGGCUGAAACCUCCAGACACUUGGUUCCUGUUGGAUUUCAUCAAGCCUGAGUUUCUGCUGCUGAGGACUCUUGCCAGAUGCAUCAUUAUGUGGGAUGAGAUCCUUCCGAAUGCCGAGUGGGUCAAGAGUAACAUACCCCAGAUCAUUAGGGGGGCUUUUGAUCCUUCAGAAGACUUUAAUUUGGAGACAAUGUCUCAAGCACAGGACUACAUAACUGCGGGGGCUUGUUUGGCUUUGGGCUUACGUUUUGCUGGUUCUGCCAACUCUGAUGCCUUCGACUGCCUCUACAAGUUUGCCGGGACCUUCAUGCAGCUCCUGUCCCUCAGUGGUACAGCUGCCGUUCAAACGGGAUAUUACAACCUGCAGACUGGUCUGUCCAUGAUACUGCUGGCCAUGUCUAUGGUGAUGUCCGGCACGGGGAACCUGAAGGUCCUGCAGCUCUGUCGAUUCUUCCACAAACGUACUGGCGGAGAGAUGAACUACGGCUUCCACAUGGCUCAUCAUAUGGCCCUGGGCCUGCUCUUCCUAGGAGGGGGCAGGUACACCCUGAGCACCUCCAAUUCAGCCAUCGCUGCUCUGCUGUGUGCCCUGUACCCUCACUUUCCUGCUCACAGCACUGACAACCGUUAUCACCUGCAGGCUCUGCGCCACCUGGCUGUGCUGGCUGCAGAGCCGCGCCUACUCGUCCCUGUGGAUGUGGACUCCCUAAAGCCCUGCUACGCCCUCUUAGAGGUCACCUACAAGGAGACCAAAUGGUACGAGGAGACGACAGUGGAACUGAUGGCUCCCACGAUGCUCCCCGAGCUGCACCUUCUCAAACGGGUGAAGGUGAAAGGGCCUCGAUACUGGGAACUGACUGUGGACCUCAGUAAAGAAACACAGCAUCUAAAGUCCAUCCUGUCCAGAGAUGGGGUGUUGUAUGUAAAACUCCGGGCCGGCCAGUUGCCCUACAAAGACGACCCUCAAGGCUGGAAGAGCCUGCUGGCCUCUUCUGUCAACCAUCGUAACUCCGGAGUCAGAGCUUUCAAGCCUGAAGCCAUUUCUACUUUCACCUCCGAGCCUGCCCUGGUCUCCUUUGCAGAGUUCUUCUGUAAAACAUCCGAUGGAAUGAAACAUAGAGAGGACACUCUGGCGUUGUUCUCGGCCAUGCUGUAUGAGUGUGUGACACAGGAAUGUCCAGAGAUGCUGCCCACAUAUGUUGCCAUUGAGCAGACGGUCAGUGCUCUGCAUCGGGGUGACUUGCAGCAGACCUUCCCCUUGUGGCAGAUGCGUCUGGUGGUGGAGUUGUGGGACAGGAGGGUGCUGCUGGGUCCCGCUAACCAACACAACGCCCUGCUCACAUCCGAGUUUCUGCCUGUCAUGAAGAACAUGGUGGAUGUAGCGCUGGACAGCUGGCUGAGAGGCAACAGCUCAGUGUUGAGGUCCUACAUGAGGGGCGAGGCCCUUCCUAAGGAGGCCCAGACCAUCAUGUUGGCCUGCUUCCUGGUGUACCGCUCAAUCCCCUGCCUCAGGAACACAGACACACAUCUGGAGGGCUGCAGCUCACUGGGGGAUUUAUUGGCACGCAGCAUUCAGCUGGGGAUCCCACUCAGAGACCUGCUGCGGCUGGUACCUGUUCUGCUGGGCUCAGGGGCACAGACACUGCAGGGCUUCCCUCUGCAGGCAUUUUGAACCUGAUGCUUAGUAAUAGUCAACUGGAAAAGUGCAUUUUCCGAUGUCCAGUUUUUGUCCUACGUCUCCACAACGAUCACAGGUAGGACAGCAGCUGAGAGGAGCUGAUGUGAAAAAAAACAGACUCUCUGCCUUCUCAGCUUCUAGAAAACAUUAACUCCCUUUGUAAUAUAAUAUUUCUAUUCUAUGGAGCUUUUUUUUACGCAGUGAACAAAGUUUGGCUGAAAUAGUGUUUGCCGUGCGUGUGCCUAUUUUGUGGUGCAGCAAAUCCAUAAUGGGGACUAUUGUGAUGGAAACCACUUUUACCAACUUCCCUGAUCAACAAAGACCAAAUGGACGGGUCAGAGUUUCAGCUGAAGAUGACAAGAGGCGAUGCUGCCUGAGAGAGUUCAAGCUGCUCUUUUAUAAAGGUUGAGAAGAUGAGACAAUAAACCAGAAAAAUAUACACACACUCAA